UAAACACGGACCCUCCCAAAUAAACAUCGGCUCCCGAACACCGCCCCACUGACACUGCCUGCUGACACCGCCCCGCCAUGGCCGACCCGAAAUACGCCGACCUGCCCGGCAUCGCCCGGAACGAGCCCGACGUGUACGAGACCAGCGACCUGCCCGAGGAUGACCAGGCCGAGUUUGAGGCGGAGGAGCUGAGCAGCACGAGUGUGGAGCACCUGAUCAUCAACCCCAACGCCGCCUACGAGAAGUUCCGCGACAAACGCCUGGGCACCGAGGGCGUGGAUUUCUCCGACCGCAUCGGCCGGACGAGGACGACGGGAUACGAGGCCGGGGAGUAUGAGAUGCUGGGUGAGGGUCUGGGUGCAAAGGAGACGCCGCAGCAGCGAUUCCAGCGGCUGCAGCACGAGGUGCAGGAGCUGCUGCGCGACGUGGAGCAGAUCCAGAGCUCGGUGAAGGAGGCGGGGGCCGAGGAGGAGCUCACGCCCGUGGCCCUGGCCCGGCAGGUGGAGGGGCUGAAGCAGCAGCUGCUCAGCUCCCACCUGGAGCAGGUGCUGGGCCCCGGCGCCGCCAUCGACUUCGCCGACCCCGAGGGCGCCCUGGCCAAGCGGCUCCUGCAGCAGCUGGAAGUGGCCAAAUGCAGCAAAGCCACCCCUGGGAAGGGUCCCCCCCGGGCCCCCCCGGCCGGGGGCGACACCGUCACCUUCGAGCUGUACUGGAGACCAGAGCAGGACCAGUUCACCCACUCUGCCAAGGUGUCGGAGCUGGAGAAGCGCCUGGCACAGCUGGAGGCGGCCAUGAGGUGUGAGCCUGACAGUCAGAACCCGCUGCUGGUGGGGCUGAAGGGCUCCAGCCUCAUGGACACGGUGCAGGUGCUGCAGGCCAAGGUGAACGUGCUGGACGUGGCCGUGCUCGACCAGGUGGAGGCCCGGCUGCAGAGCGUGCUGGGCAAGGUGAACGAGAUCGCCAAGCACAAGGCCACGGUGCAGGACGCCGACACCCAGAGCAAGAUCCACCAGCUGUACGAGACCCUGCAGCGCUGGGACGCCGUGGCCGCGGCCCUGCCCGACGUGGUGCAGCGCUUGGUGACCCUGCGGGACCUGCACGAGCAGGCCACGCAGUUCGGGCAGGUGCUGGUGCACCUGGACACGACGCAGCAGGAGAUCGCGGCGGCCCUCAAGGACAACACGGUGCUGCUGGCAGAGGUGCAGAAGACGAUGAAGGACAACCUGGCCUCAGUCGAGGACAACUUUGCCGACAUUGACGCCCGGAUCAAGCGGCUCCAGAAGUGACAGAGCCCCAGG